AUGGCUAAGAAAGCUCAGGAUUGGGUUUUGAGAUUGGUGUCUCCUGACGUUCACGGCGCUCUUCGUGGGCGUAGCAUUGAAGCUGCUAUUGCCAUUUUGGACCAAACUUUUAAGCACAACCGCUUGUUAUGCAGUUUGGACCUGGCGAAAGCAUUUGACCAUAUGUACCCUACUUUGGCAAUAGGUUUACUUCGUCGCAGUGGUUUUCACGAACAAUGGGCUAAUCACUUACAGCAUAUGUGGAGCAAGCAAUGGCGUUGGAUGCAAAUGUUGAAUUACACCAAUGCGGAACCGGAGCUGGUGGAAACUUCGGUGCCGCAGGGCUGCGCUAUGGCGCCUUUGGCCAUGGUUGUGUUGCUCAUGGAAGCUGAACGUGAUGUCACGACUUUCUGUCGUGCCAAUGGCUUAUUCCAGCAAGCUGUAUUUGUCGAUGACCGCAGUUUUGCCACUGACACUCCACAGAAUCUGCACAGAGCAUGCCAGCGGAUUUUGUACCGUUUGCAGACCAUGCCUGUUGCUGCAGAUCUCAAGCGGUCGCUCUACAGAUCUCGUGGUGCUUGUUUACUGUCCUGGGGUUGGUGGUUGGUGCAGCCGCAACGCGCAGUGUGUGCAAAAUGGACGAUGCGCAUCAAGAAGGGUGUUUGUUGGAUCAACACGAUGGCUUCAAGGGCACUUUGGAUUCUGCUUGAGGGGCACUGGACGGAUCCUUGGUUUGAAAGUGGCCACCAGGCUGUCAAGGCUUUCAUUCGUGCUGCUUACUACUGGCGCAAGCAGGGCAUUAUCAUUUCUUCAGGAACUUGGCACCUCAGGGUUCAACAGUUUCUCAGUCAUUUUGGCAUUCAACAGAUCGGGCCUCUUGCAUGGACUUCAGGUGGACUUCGUUUUGACUUCAAUCAUCACGAUUAUGAGGUGAUCCUUCUGCAGUUGGGACAUUUGUGCCAUCAGGUGAGAGAUGUGUUCAGGAAAAUGCUUUUUGAUCAGUUUCUUGCACGUCAGCGCCGUGACAGCCGUUUCUUGAGUGCAAACUGCAGAUUCAAUGCCGAGCGCGCAAUUGCAGCGCGCAAGUUCCAUGAUACUGGCACGGCGCAUAUGCGUGCUGUGCUAUUGGGUGCUGCUUUGAGCCCAGCGGUCUAUGAUGUGCUGCGCCACCGGCCGGUGGCACAGCGAUGCCCUUCUUGUUUGGAGAAUGUUGUUCCUGAUUGGGAACAUGUGGUUUGGGUCUGCAGUUUCUUCAGCCGGUCUCGGCCACCUGAGUGUCAUGAUUUGUCGCAGAGACGAUUGGGAUGGCCUUCACGUGAGACGUGCCAUGAUCGAUGCGGCUUUCAUGGCCGCGCCAAUGCAGUUUGA